UAAAAGAAAGCAUCACAGGAAGAAUAGAAAUUCAUGAAUAUAAAUAAGUGGAGGAUUUGGGUUAUGUGAACUUUUGUGCAGGAAGAUUCUCCAACAACUGUGGCAGAAGUACAAAAAGAUGGGUUUAGGCUGGAUUAGACUAGUUAUGGUAGUGAUGCUGCUAGUAUUGGAGCUCCUGACAUGCUGCUUCUUUGGUUGUGUAUCAGCCAAGGAGGUAUAUGUUGUGUAUUCAGGUGGCCAUGGCGGGUUGCAGCCAGAGGAAGUGACUGAAAUGCAUCAUUCUAUGCUGGUUUCUGUCAAAGAAAGUGUGGAUGAAGCAAGGGAAUCAUUGCUAUACAGUUACAAGCAUUCUUUCAAUGGCUUUGCAGCACAACUUUCUCCUGCAGAAGCUUCUGCCAUAUCAGAGAUGGAAGGGGUGAUAUCUGUAUUUCCAAGCAAAGGAAGAAAGAUGCACACCACAAGGUCAUGGAGUUUUUUGGGUAUAGACAAUGGGACACAGAAAGAUGAGUCUUCCUCUUCAAACACCCUCUGGAAACAGGCAAACUAUGGGGAAGAUACAAUAAUUGGGCUCCUAGACUCAGGGAUCUGGCCAGAGUCUGAAAGCUUCGGAGACGAUAAAAUGCCUCCUAUUCCAAGCUCAUGGAAAGGCAUCUGUCAAGAAGGAGAGCUUUUCAAUGUUUCCCAUUGCAACAAGAAGUUGAUUGGAGCACGAUAUUAUUUGAAGGGCUACGAAAUGUAUUAUGGCCCACUAAACCAAACUGCCACGCCCGACUAUCGCUCACCCCGUGACAGGGAUGGCCAUGGGACCCACACAUCCUCAACUGUAGCUGGUCGAGAAGUUAGCGACGCAUCAGCAUUAGGUGGUUAUGCUGCCGGAAAAGCUGCUGGUGGGGCCCCCAAGGCUAGGUUGGCAAUGUACAAGGUGUGUUGGCCCAUCCCUGGUGGAGAUUCAGCCGGUGAGAACACGUGUACAGAUGCUGACAUGUUGGCAGCCAUUGACGAUGCAUUGGGUGAUGGUGUUCAUGUGCUUAGCAUUUCGAUUGGUAGCAGUGGGAAGCCAGAGGAAUACUCUCGAGAUGCAAUUGCUUUGGGGAGCUUGUAUGCCGUAAAACAAGGGGUCGUCGUGGCUUGCAGUGCGGGCAACGAUGGGCCAAAGCCUGCCACGACAUCAAACGUUGCUCCUUGGAUUAUUACCGUGGCCGCUAAUAGUGUGGAUCGCAAUUUUCCCUCACCAGUGUUGCUUGGUGAUGGCACCAAAGUGAAAGGCCAAACUGUGACUCCGUACAAAUUAGAGGAUAAAUUUUAUCCAAUGGUCUUUGCUGCUGAUGCUGUUCUUCCUACUGUGGACAAAACAAAUAUCUCUGCUGGGCAAUGUCUUCCAGGGUCUCUUGACCCAGAGAAGGUGAAGGAAAAAAUAGUGUUCUGCCUGAGAGGAAAUGGCCCCCGUGUUGGAAAAGGUCUAGAGGUAAAGAGGGCUGGUGGAGCUGCAGUUAUUCUUGGUAAUCUUCCAGCAAAUGGAGCAGAAAUCUCGGUGGACGCUUAUGUUUUACCAGGGACUGCAGUGAUUUCUAAUGAUACAGAAAUCAUACUUGCAUACAUCAAUUCUACUUCAGCGCCUCUUGCACAAAUUGUUCCAGCAAAGACUGUACUGGGAACCAAGCCUGCUCCUUUCAUGGCUGCUUUCUCUUCCAGGGGACCUAAUGUGCUCAACCCCAACAUCCUCAAGCCGGAUAUUACAGCACCUGGUCUGAACAUACUAGCAGCUUGGAGCCAAGCAGCCUCUCCUACAAAGCUUUUGGCAGAUGAUCGCCGUGUAAAAUACAACAUUAUCUCUGGGACAUCUAUGUCAUGCCCACAUGUAGCAGGAACAGCAGCUCUGUUAAAAAUAAUCCACCCAGAUUGGAGCCCUGCUGCUAUCAAAUCUGCCAUUAUGACCACAGCUGUUAUUACCAACAACAGGGGCAGUCAAAUGACAGAUGCAUCUGGAAUUCCAGCUACACCCUUCAACUAUGGAUCAGGCCAGCUGAAUCCAAACAAAGCAUCAGACCCAGGCCUUGUUUAUGAUGCCACAAUAGAGGACUACCUCACCUUUCUCUGCAGUAGUGGAAUCAAUGCCAACAAUGCACUAAACACCACUUUCCAAUGCCCAGAAAGUCCUCCAAAAUCUAGUGAUCUGAAUUACCCAUCCAUUGCCAUUGCAAACCUCACUGACACAGAAAACAUCACUAGGACUGUCACUAAUGUGAGUGGAAAGAGUGAAUACACUGUCUCUGUGGAUGAACCACCAGGUGUGUCUGUAAAUAUCCAUCCUAACAAACUUUCUUUCCAAACUUCAGGAGAGAAACAAACAUUUACAGUUCAGUUCACUCUUAAGAAACCACUUAACCAAGAAUAUGUGUUUGGGUCCUACACUUGGAAUGAUGGAGUUCACAAAGUGAGGAGUCCCAUUGCUGUAUCAGCCAUGUGAACUGGUGAAACUAGGUGUUGGUCUCAUGAGUUGUUCAAUGUUAAGUAAUAUAUGAAAUCAUAAUUACUAGUAAGUUCAAAUAAAUCUGAUCAAUGCAUUGCUGUGUUCUUAGAUUUUA